CCAUCAAUCGCCGGUCACUGACGUUCAGCCUUCUUUGUGUUUUGCCGGGUAUGUUGAACGCGAACAGCGAGCCUACCAUCAUCAGGACACGGUAUACGGAGCGGUCGUAGGCUAGCAAGCGAGAGAGCCUGAGAAUAACCAUCGCCAGCGACUCGACUGUACACGCGCAGUAGUUCCCAUACCCAUUUAUUGAGGAGGACCGUUCGCCAAUUCACAGUAGUAUUGGGCCUUUUUAGUUGAAGGUUUUAGUAGCCUAUAGGAAAAAAAAUGGAUCCAUCAAGCCAGCAAAACGCGAGUACACACGAUGCAGAUGGGAAUCAUGAUCCAGGGAAAAUGUUUGUCGGAGGACUUAGCUGGGAUACAAGCACAGAUGGUCUAAGAAAGUAUUUUGCUCAGUUUGGAGAGGUGAAAGAAUGUGUCAUCAUGAGGGAUACUACAACAAGAAAGUCCAGGGGUUUUGGCUUUGUUACAUUCAGUGAUCCUGCUAAUGUAGAGAAAGUUAUACAGAGAGGAGCUCAUGAAGUAGACAAGAAGAAGGUUGAUCCUAAAGUGGCAUUCCCCAAGAGAUCCCAUCCCAAGGUAAGAAUAUAUAAGUUUCUUCCUUAAGAAAUAGAUUUUACAGAAAAAUUA